AUGAUUGGCCUGGACAGAAACCUAAAAGGUAAAGAUUUGAUAAGCAAAAGCAGCAUCCACGACAGCAGGCGAUUCCGACCUAGCACAUCAUCAGCUCUUGAACCAGAAAAUGCUGUAACUAGUAACGAUGAACUGGGUGGUCACUGGCCAGAAAAAAUGCCAGCACGAGCUGGAGGGACCAAAAAAUUUGCAUUCCUGAAAUGUAAAGUAUGUAUCCAAAAAAAGCUGCGUAAAGAGACAAGUUAUCGCUGCAAAGGAUGUCCAGACAAACCCCCUUUGUGCCCAGUUUGUUUUGGCCCUUACCAUGAUAACUUGGUUUAA